CAACUGGGCGCGUCUUGGGGGGCAUCGAAGCUGAGUUAUCAGCUCCUUUUUGGCAGGGCGAAGGCCAUGAGCCGUGCAGCCCACGCAGUGUCCGAAAUCAACCUCCCACACCACCUUCAUCGGUCCAGUGAGCCUCAGUGGCUGGUCUGGCACAUGAGCGUUGCUAGCUGCCGGCGAGCGCCAUUGAGCUGGAGGAGGCGCAGCAAAGCCGAUGGCCUUGGAUGCAAGGCCUCCCGUAGAGACGCAUGGUCGCAGCUCCCCGCCGAAGGAGGGCCAACCACGGCUGCUCGAGAGCCCGGAGCAGCGACCCAGCAGCUUUCUGGCCAACGCGGUGGGCAACAACAGCCCGAACGGUGCUGGCCUGAGGUUCGGGUGCUUCCUGACUCGGCGUUGAUCGAGUCUGGGACGACGGAUGGCGCAACCAUUGAUUGCACGCGCAAGCAAUCGCCAUCCCAAGACCCCUG